AUGGCCACCGAUUUCAAAUGCCUGCGCUACCCUUCCCACAACCACCACUCAUCAGUCUGCACUGACACCACCAAGGAGGUCUACAACAACGCGUGUGUCCCCAAGUGCGCUGCCGGCUACACACGCAAUAGCUCUGGCGUUUGCGUCCUCACCGGCAGCGGCGGCGGUGGCGGCGGCGGCACUGGUACCGGGGCAUUCAACAUCCAGUUGGUUCGCAUCGGCACUGACAGCAGCCAGGACGCAACAUUCCAGGCAGCCAAGGCCAAGUGGGAGUCGAUCCUGAAGGUGGACGUGCCCGAUUUUGUCAACACCGCCAACAUCGACCUUUCGGACAACUGGGUGUCUGGUUACUCGAACAAGCAGAGGAAUGUGGACGAUAUUGUCAUCAUCUAUUUGCCAGUAGCCGCGCUCGCCGCCGCCCGCGGCCGCAACGCAUCUGCCAGGUACGGGAUGAGUACGUUGUCUGGCGACACGCUCGGCUGGGCUGGGCCCACCUACUUCCGUAACGACGGCAGCAAGUACUCCAACACCCCGGUCGCAGCAGUGAUGAUGUUUGACAAGAACAAGAUCACGUCGUUGGGAGGCCAGGAUAAUUUCAAGAUCGUGGUGCUCCAUGAGAUGGGGCACGCGCUGGGCCUGGGCACCGUCGACGACAGGAUCGGAUGCAUCAAGAACUGCGUCGCCGGCAGCAAGAGCAACAACUUCUGGCAGUGCAAGAACGCCAAUGCCAAGUACCUCUCCAUCGGCUGCAAGACCCAAGUACCGAUUGAGACCGAGAUGGGAGAUGGCUCUGGCUGCGGCCAUUGGUCAGAGACCAAGCUCAAAACCGAGCUCAUGACGCCGGUGCUGGAUGAUGGUGUCCCGAACCCCCUGUCUGUAGUCACGAUUGGAGCCCUGGAGGAUAUCUAUGGCGACGGCAGCGUCGACUACGGCCAAGCCGAUGCGUUCAGCUGCCAGACCAACAUCGUCGCCAGCGUCGCCGCCACAACCCAGCCCACCGGUUACGAAAUCAAAGAUCAAACCAUCCGCCCCACCGCCUACCCUUAUGACGUCGUGGCCCCCACGGAGCCUGGGACCGCCAGCCCCGCGGCUGCUGUCGCGGCUGCAGGCGUCACCCCGAUCGAUUUGUCCGCGUACCAGAAGCUGCUUCAGCAGCUGGAGGCUCAGAAGUAUGCCAACAACCCCUUUGUCAAGCCUGGGGAGCAGAUCCCGCGGCCUCUGUGA